AGCACCAGUUGGUUCAGAAAACAGUGAGUAUUUAGAAGUUUUGUGAUCCGGUUGAAGUCACAUGAUCGCUCAUUAUGGCCAUGCAAACUAGGCAGCUUAAAUCCAGGCCCUGCUUGGGCUAACAUCAGACAUUCAAAUAGCCGUGCUUUUCUAGAGACAUGGGACAAGGCAGUCACGGGGGACCUUUCCUUAGCAGCGACAGACGGCAACACACACUACAAAGGAGCUAUCAUUGUCAAAUAUGAACAGAAACUAUGCUCUCUUUUCGGAUGGUUUGAACUUUUUCCUUUCGUUGCUUUGCGGAGGUUGUGUGUUAUAAAUGAAAACUGAAGUUUUCCGUGAAUUGUUGAUACCUACGGCGAACGGGUGCCACACCUUCAUUUAGCGCAACAGCUCCACUACCCAGCUGGCCAGAUGGGGUGCCAAUGCUGUCGGAUGCUGAAAAGUUACAUCUAUGAUCCGACCGCUCAGGUGGACGUCCACGGCAGGAAGAGGGACCCGGCUGAGAGCUCCCUCUACCAGUCCCACCACCUACCAGGAGACAGCGGGAACCAGUUCAACAUCAAGCAGAACCAGGGCUUCCACAACCUGGGCUUCAGCAACAAGUACACCGAAAGAGGAGGUGGCGGAAGCCUCAAGCUGGAGAUCGACAACAACCACAUCAACAAGCUCCACGCCGUGCCCACCAAUCCAGAGAGGGAGUUGGGCACGGGGCAGGCAGCCAAGCCUCAUGUGGGAGAGGGUGGUGGAGAUCUAUAUAUCCUCCAUCCAGAGGGCCAGGUGCCAAGACGAGAUCCAUCCAAGGGCCUCAAUCUAGUCCGAGUCUAUCCCAACACACCCUCCCUGGAUCUUACUCUCAAUCUGACCCACUCAGGUGACACUGACUCUCACCCAGACAAGAUUAGGAUGGUCCGGAACUUCUCGGACCCCUCCAUCGGGGACAGGUAUGGGGUGGGGUGCAACACCUCAUCAGUGGACGAGCUGGACGAGGGGGUGGGGGGCACGCCGGAGUACCUGGGCGACACGGGAGAUGAGCAGAGUGUCCUGUCUGUGGACAUUCAAACCAGUACGACUAGCCUGUCCUCGGCAGACACAAACGACGAUAGGGGGGCGCUGGACGCCACUACCACAGAGAAUGGGAUCGGGAUCUCAGUGAAGAAGAGCGAAGAUGAGGGGAAGGAAGGGGAAGACGAUGACGUGCAGAGCGUCACAGACUCUAUGGUGGCAGAAGCUCUGGCAGCUCUAGAGGCAGCGACUGCCGGGGAGGACUAACUGUCAAAAACCUCUUAAUUGGUCCAAAAAAACACAAUCUAACAUCUAUUCAGCUUCAGUAUCUGAUGGGGCCGAAUGAGGAGAUUCUGAUGUAUCUUUUAACAUGUCACAUGGGUAUAUCAAUGUUGUCUGCACUCUCAGGAGAAGGAGAGAAGACUCUUGGCGCUCGACUGUGAAUAUUCCCCGCGUCCUAAUCCCCAAUAUAUGGUACAUAUUAAACUUCCUGGUCUUCAGCUGUACAAUCUACAUUUCUAUGUUCCACCAGAACAGCUUCUAGAACUUCUAUCUCUAUAUUCUGUUCUAUAAAAUGCAGCUCUGCACAGCUUCUAGAACUUCUAUCUCUAUAUUCUGUUCUAUAAAAUGCAGCUCUGCACAGCUUCUAGAACUUCUAUCUCUAUAUUCUGUUCUAUAAAAUGCAGCUCUGCACAGCUUCUAGAACUUCUAUCUCUAUAUUCUGUUCUAUAAAAUGCAGCUCUGCACAGCUUCUAGAACUUCUAUCUCUAUAUUCUGUCCUAUAAAAUGCAGCUCUGCACAGCUUCUAGAACUUCUCUCUCUAUAUUCUGUCCUAUAAAAUGCAGCUCUGCACAGCUUCUAGAACUUGUAUCUCUAUAUUCUGUCCUAUAAAAUGCCGCUCUGCACAGCUUCUAGAACUUGUAUCUCUAUAUUCUGUCCUAUAAAAUUCAGUGGGCACACAGUACUUGCCAUGGCUUUGUUUGUCUUCUGGGAGCUUUGCUGUGCUUCAUUAUAUAAACACACUGACAGGCCAUCUCCAGCUACCUAUUGGUGUAUCAUAUCCAUGUUGUUGUUGUUUACCUGUUUUACGAUGUUAUUUAUGACUGGUUGGCCCAGACUUUUCUAGUUCAAUACAUGUCAGAGAUCGCUUGUUUAGCUAAGAUCCUUUCGCAAUGACGCACAGUGCAAGGAGUGGAGUGUUAGCUAAACAGACUGGUACCCAGGCUAUGUCAGAGAUAGCUUGUUUAGCUAAGAUCCUUUCGCAAUGACGCACAGUGCAAGGAGUGGAAUGUUAGCUAAACAGACUGGUACCCAGGCUAUGUCAGAGAUAGCUUGUUUAGCUAAGAUCCUUUCGCAAUGACGCACAGUGCAAGGAGUGGAAUGUUAGCUAAACAGACUGGUACCAGGCUAUGUCAGAGAUAGCUUGUUUAGCUAAGAUCCUUUCGCAAUGACGCACAGUGCAAGGAGUGGAAUGUUAGCUAAACAGACUGGUACCCAGGCUGUGUCAGAGAUAGCUUGUUUAGCUAAGAUCCUUUCGCAAUGACGCACAGUGCAAGGAGUGGAAUGUUAGCUAAACAGACUGGUACCCAGGCUAUGUCAGAGAUAGCUUGUUUAGCUAAGAUCCUUUCGCAAUGACGCACAGUGCAAGGAGUGGAAUGUUAGCUAAACAGACUGGUACCCAGGCUAUGUCAGAGAUAGCUUGUUUAGCUAAGAUCCUUUCGCAAUGACGCACAGUGCAAGGAGUGGAAUGUUAGCUAAACAGACUGGUACCCAAGCUAUGUCAGAGAUAGCUUGUUUAGCUAAGAUCCUUUCGCAAUGACGCACAGUGCAAGGAGUGGAAUGUUAGCUAAACAGACUGGUACCCAGGCUAUGUCAGAGAUAGCUUGUUUAGCUAAGAUCCUUUCGCAAUGACGCACAGUGCAAGGAGUGGAAUGUUAGCUAAACAGACUGGUACCCAGGCUAUGUCAGAGACAUUUCCCAAACUUUGGAGAGGAGAGCAGACAUGUUAAAGACCAUAGAGAGAGAGGUAGCCGGUUCACUUUACAACCUCCCAUUGUGGAGCAUACUGGGCUGACCUCAUGACACCUUACGACAGGAAGUAGGUAUAUAUAUAUAUAUCACAGAUAUACGUAGCAUCUCUGUAUCCCGUUUUCACUUGAAUGCAAGCCUUCCACAUUUGUGAUGGGUCUUUGUUUCAGUGAAGGAGAAUUAUAUUGAUUUAUUUUUUAUUUAUCGGGACUGUCCUUUUAAAGUCUUUGUUUCUUUGCCAAAAUCAUUUCUAUUCAAAUGAAUAUGUACGUAAAAUGCAUUUAGAAGUUUAAUUUGCUAUGUACUGUCAAGAAGCCUUAAAUUAUUUUUUAAAUCGAAGCACAGAUGUUUUCAGGGGCACAAUAUAAAAAAAUAUAUAUAAAAAAAAGAAUUGGCCAUGUUUCUCUGGUCGCUCACUAAUCUCGAUAUUCCUCUUGUACACAUCCCCCUCCCUUUUCUCAAACGGUUUCCUUUUUUCCAGUCUCUUUCUACCAGAUUCAAUCGCUCCAUCUCUCUCAAGGAUGUGCAACAAAUACAAAACCCCCACUCUGUUAACACCUGUGUAGCCUUGGUGUGUGUGUGUGUGUUAUUUCUCUGAGAUCUAAGUGUGUUUAGGAGAUCGUAGCUGAAAUGUUUCUCUGACAGCCCUCUGAUAUUCCUUGCCACCAGAGCCCUGGGACCAGGCCUAACUAAGGCCCUUGGAGCGUUACUCAGGCCAAAAGGAGACGCCAGGGACUCACAAACACCUGAUUACACCCGGGCUAAGGCGGUGAACAUGUUAACUUUGGCUCACCACAUGAUAGCUAUUAGUGUGUCUCUCCCAACCUCCCCUCGCAGUUGGAGAGGAGACACCGAAAUAUCCCAAUCUUGUGAUGUUUCUUUUUUUUAGCCACAUUAUCUCUCCCAUCUCCUUUUCUUUACUGAGUGUUUGUCUCCAUUUAAUCACACACCAUCCCUCUCGCCGUAAAGACACUGUUUUUUUUUUUUUU